AUGGCGUCACAUUCGCUUCCUCCAAAUGAGACCAGAUCGCUCGCAGCCACAGAGGGACGCUGGUCUGGGAGGGAGAAGUGGACUGGAGAAACCUCUCUGAGCAGAGAGAGUGAGGCACACAGGGGCUCAGCCGGCAUGGGCUCACUCGUCACGAGCGCCGAGUUCCUCUACCCCGCUGCUUUUUCCUCACAGGCUUCUGGGAGGAAGAAAGCGGGAGGGCGCAAGGGGCGGAGUCGCUCACUGAAAAGAAGGCUUUCCGAACAUUUCACGCCAGAGUGCAAGUUUAAGGAGUGUGUGUUUGAGAACUAUUAUGUGACAUACUCCUCGAUCUUGUAUCGUCAAACACAGUCGGGCCGGGCCUGGUACAUUGGCAUUAACCGGGAUGGACAGGUCAUGAAGGGAAAUCGGGUCAAAAAGACUAAAGGAGCAGCCCAUUUUCUGCCCAAGCUUAUAGAGGUUGCCAUGUACAGGGAACCAUCACUACAUGAAGUUGCUGAGCAAAGCCCGCCUAGAAAAACGGCCAAAACGUCAGACUCCCCCGUCCAUAAAAACGGCAAGAAAGACCAAGUGCUUCCCGUCCCCACAGCCUCCUAGCGGCAGUAGAACAAACACUUUGUUUGCACGGACACACCAUGAACGCCAACAGCGGCACAGGAGGUUUGGUACAAAUAAUGUUUGUAGUCCCUCCACCGACCCUCAGAACUUUGACAUUUCCAACAAUGCAUCAGGGCUCAAAAGACCCUUGCCGACAGGUUUAAUGCCCACUGCACUUUCUUUUGGUCUCUCCUGCUCCUUAAUCAAAGGAAUACUGAGCAAUAAUAAGCGCACUGGUCUGGGGUCAGAGUGUGACGGCGUCGCUUUUGUGAGAACAGCAACACCUAAUAGAAAGGAGCAUUGUCUUCCUCUCCUUUUUUAGUAUUUCAAGAAGA